AUGUCUAUCCCAACUGCAAAUGUAUCUGUGGAUACUCACCAGCCCUCGACUGCCUCAUCCGGGGGUAUCGCGACUUCCACCAUGAACGGUAGUACAAAUCGUUCGAUCAGGCGACGAUGGCAUCACCGAUCCACAGCGCCUAAAGAUGAUAGGGACGAGUCACUAGUUUACAUGAUAGCGAAAGAACUAGGCGUCGGUACCACCCCCAAUACGUCGUCAGCACAAUCUUUGGACUCUAUUAAACAGUGUGACACUUCGUGUAUAGUCAGUGAAGUGGAGAUGAGCAAGGAGAUCCCAGUGACAAGUGACUAUGGUAUCAAGUCCACGAUGUGGGAUAGAUCAAGGUCUUUCACUUAUAACGGAACAGAAAGAUAUCAUCAACUCCAUCCGAGAUGCGAAGCUGAACAAUGUAUCGGAUGGGCCAAGGCGGAUUACCCCAGUAAAGGAGACACUCGUAAAGGUCGUAUGGUCAAAAUUGACCAACAACUUGGGUGGCAUUGUAACCAUGAAAGAAAUCUGAAAAGUUGUCUACCUACUACACAAAAUGGAAGAAUCACCGAAGCUCAAAUGAGGUUUUAUCCGGAUGCCACAAAUUUAAUCUCUAGAGUUUAUCUUUUCACCUCUCGAUGGGUAGCAGAUCAGACUGGUACCAAUAAUGGACAAGCAAUAUUAUUAGCAUAUGCAGACCAGAAAGAAACGCAUCCUCCCAGCAGAAGGGUUGGCGUUGUCAUUGUCAGCAAUCCAGACGAUGACGACACGAGCAUGAUUGAAGAGGCCAGGAUGUUCCACGAAGAAUCUUUUUCAGGCUAG